UCUCAGAGAUGGUACAGGUUUGUGCACAUUAAAAUAUGAAAAUGAGUCACAAAGACUCAUCUACUGGUACUGUUCACACAAGCCCAUAACCAUAGAAAAAAUACCCAAUGCUAACUAUCGGUAUGUUUUUUUAUUUUCUUAGGCCCGUAGAAUGUCCAGCGUGCUUUGAACCAGUGCUUGACAAACGUGACCAUUAUGGACGGGACUUUGUAGCUUCCAAGCAAAUGAGGAAUAAUUUCGCACGGUGCAAAGUGUGUAGUGAAGAGCUGCGUAUGUCUGACCUACGGGAACAUAUGCAGGAAUGUGGUGGACAAGGAGCUGAGGUGAAGCCAAAACUGAUCCCGUUUGUGAAGAUACUUGAACAGGAGAAUGAACCGGUGCUAAUUGAAUGCCCUUUCAAAUUAUACGGAUGCCAAUUCCAGGGUACUCAGGCUGAAGUAGACAAGCAUCUGCAGGAAGUUCCAGCAGCCAAAACCUGCUUCCGGGCAAGACUGCUAGACAGUGCCGUGAAAGCUGCUAUGCAACAGGCCCAAGAAAUGGAUGCCCUGCUUCAGCAAAUCCAACAAUUGCAAGAAUUACAGCAUUGAAGGAACUCCCACCCCAUGGAAUGAACGUUUAAGUAAUGAAGUUCAUUCCUGAAGAAGAUGAGAGUAUUGGAGGCGUUUUGCUUUGCAACAUUUUUUUCCUAACAGUACCAUAUUUUUUGCCAUGCAUUUGUUUAAUAGAAAUAUUUCACAUGUUUUGUGCAUUUUGGUUGCACAGUCUGUUGCAAACAGUCAAAGUCUCCUCUCAUAUGAUGCUGCCUCAGCUCCGCGUGAUGAGACUUGUUGAGGACUUGACUGUGUUGUGGGGUAUUUUUCUUGGCUUUUUGCUCAUGCAUGAUAGUGCUAAUGAUACAUGGUGUUUUUGCCGUUGUAUUAUCAGGCAAAUUUGCAUGAAUCUGCCAUUCUGAACUAAAGUCUAACUGUUCAACUCAACUCACUAUUCAUGGUUUGCUCUGCAAGUAACUUCUUAUUGUCUUCCAUAACCACCAAGACUUUGCAAUACAUGCAAGAGAAUACCCUAGCUAUAUCAAGCAUGAACACAGGUCACACUUAUGACAGUGAAAUAUAUGAGGGGGGAGGGGAAAGGGACAUGGCCGUACAUGUAGGCGUCUGUCUGCCCAAAAUAUCAGGGCAGACUGAGACAUUUUCCCAUGUAAUGUACCCUCCUCCCCCCUACUCUUUGGGAUUGCUGCCCCUUAGAAAUAUGGCAUUUAAUAAAAGUCCUCAUGAUUGGUCAGAAUUUUGUUGUUGACAAAUGAUGGACAGUGCCGGAAAAUGUAAAAAAAAAAAUAACAAAUACAAACAAACAGAACAAAUUCCAACUAUUUUUGGGAUACAAUCUUGGUGAAUACCCCCAGAGAAUAGAUAUAAUGUAUAUACAGAAGAUUUUUACUGUAGUUUUUUUAGCAUAUUUAUAAUCGGAAACAAAACAUAUUUCUUAUAUAUUGGAAUCAAUAAAUAAAUCGUGUUAAAAUUUAAGCCAUUUAUUUUUAAAGAAAUAUCAAGAUAUAUAUCAUACAAG